UUUGCAUUUUCAUUUCCAGGUAGCGGUAGUAAUAGACAAAUGAAGCAGAACUGCUUUGAAAUUUAUUUAAUUUUUAGUAAUAGAUAUUCAAGUCUUAAAAAUAACAAAUCUUGUGUGUUAAAUAUUCUCUCAGCUUUGUUAAUUAGUAGUUCUAUUCAGCUGGAAUAAGACUAUUUUUUGUAGAAGAUAUAUGUUGUUUAGAAAAAAUCUAUUUUUUUAUAUUUCUUUUUCUUAAAUUCAUUUAUUUUUUCGUAAAAAGAAAAGCUGAAUGAAUGGCAUGCGCUCUUAUUUGUUCCGUACUACGACUAAGAUUGUAGAGUUAGGACGUUCAGGUAAAAUUGGGGAUGCUGUCAAACUGUUCGAUGAAAUACACCACAAAGAUUCCGUUGCUUGGAACGCCAUGCUAACUGUUUAUUCCCACCUACGACUUUACCAACACACUCUCAGUCUCUUUGGUAGCAUGAGAAUCUCCCAUUCCAAACCCGAUGACUUCUCCUACUCUGCAGCCUUAAAUGCAUGUGCUGGGGCAUCACAUCUUCGUUUUGGAACAACACUUCAUGCUUUGGUUGUUGUUUCAGGCUACCUGUCCUCUCUCCCCGUCGCUAAUUCCCUUAUUGACAUGUAUGGAAAGUGUUUGAAUCCUGAUGAUGCUAGAAAAGUGUUCCAUGAGAGGACUGAUGCUAAUGAAGUGACAUGGUGCUCACUUCUUCUCGCUUAUGCAAACUCUUGCCAGUUUGACAUGGCUCUUGAAUUGUUUCGUGGCAUGCCACAAAGGUUUGAGAUUGCUUGGAAUACAAUGAUUGCGGGUCAUGCUCGUUGCGGGGAGGUUGAAGCUUGCUUGCAUUUGUUUAAAGAGAUGUGUGACAGCGUGUGUCAGCCGGACCAGUGGACUUUCAGUGCUCUCGUGAAUGCUUGUGCUGAGUCAAUGGAGAUGUUAUAUGGAUGCAUGGUGCAUGGUUUUGUGAUUAAGUCUGGUUGGAGCUCUGCUAUGGAGGUGCAGAACUCGAUUUUAAGCUUUUAUGCUAAAUUAGAAUGUCACAGUGAUGCUAUGAAGGUGUUUAAUUCCUUUGGAUCUUUUAAUCAAGUUUCUUGGAAUGCCAUCAUUGAUGCACAUAUGAAAUUGGGGGAUACCCAGAAAGCUUUUCUUGCUUUUCAGCAAGCCCCUGAGAGAAAUGUUGUUUCUUGGACUUCUAUGAUUGCAGGGUAUACGAGAAAUGGGAAUGGAGAACAAGCUCUUAGUAUGUUUCUGAACAUGACAAGAAAUUCUGUACAGCUUGAUGAUUUAGUAGCAGGAGCAGUGCUUCAUGCUUGUGCUAGCUUAGCAAUGCUAGCUCAUGGAAGAAUGGUCCAUGGUUGUCUCAUUCGCCAUGGUUUAGACAAGUAUUUGUAUGUUGGAAACAGCUUGGUUAAUAUGUAUGCAAAAUGUGGGGACAUGGAAGGUUCAGGGCUUGCAUUUCACGGCAUUCUUAAGAAGGACCUGGUUUCUUGGAAUUCAAUGCUGUUUGCAUUUGGACUGCACGGGCAGGCUAAUGAGGCUAUAUGCUUGUACAGAGAAAUGGUGGCCUCAGGUGUGAGACCUGAUGAAGUAACCUUCACAGGGCUGCUAAUGACUUGCAGCCACUUGGGGCUUAUAAAUGAAGGCUUUGCAUUCUUUCAAUCAAUGAGUUUGGAAUUUGGACUUUCCCAUGGAAUGGAUCAUGUGGCAUGCAUGGUGGAUAUGCUUGGUCGAGGAGGGUAUGUAGCAGAAGCAAGUAGUUUAGCUAUUAAGUAUUCAAAUUCACACAAUGCUAGGACCAAUUCAUGCGAGAUUCUACUAGGAGCAUGUUGUGCACAUGGAGAUUUAGGAACCGGGAGCUCUGUAGGAGAAUAUCUAAAGAAUUUGGAACCUGAAAAAGAGGUUGGCUAUGUAUUGUUGUCAAAUCUUUAUUGUGCAAGUGGGCAGUGGAAGGAAGCAGAGAUCGUUCGGAAGGCAAUGCUGGAUCAAGGGGUGAAGAAAGUGCCUGGUAGUAGUUGGAUUGAGAUAAGAAACGAAGUGACUGCUUUUGUAUCUGGAAACAAUUCAUAUCCCUACAUGGCUGACAUAUCUAAGAUACUAUGCUUUCUUGAAUUAGAAAUGAGACAUACAUGGCCUAUUCAUUUUAAUAUUGAAGGAUCUUUAUAGACCAGUGAACCAU